CAUGAUUCUAUAUGAUCAGUAUUUCUGCGUCAGUGGCGCAUGUGUCACUGCCCUUGCGCGUCAAAGGCGCAGGUUGUCCACGACAUAGCGUCACUUUCCCGCCGCGGGAACGGUCGUCACUAGAACACGUGUGACUUAUUGACCAAAGACGCCGAUUUAUUUCGUGUAGCUUGAAAAUAUAAUGCACAUAUUCAAGCUGUUUGCUGAAGGUGUUUUACUUUAAAUUGAAAUAAAAACUGUUUUCAUGUUGAGGACUGACAUCACUCAUGGAAAUAAGAGGGCUCGGAUUUUCAACUGCGGUUUAUCCACAGUAUAUUACACUAAAUACCAAUGUUAGAGAGCCCGGUUGACCGCGGUUACAGUGCUGUUGUGGCACUGGAAUAAACGUUUGACCGGUGAAAAGAGACAACACUAAGGCGGUUUGUCAUUCAUCAGAUUAUGAGGUGGUGCUGUGCAGUGUCUGCUUGUUGUCAUUCACUUGAACAACUCUUUGCUUUCUUGUAUUUGCAUUUCUCUCAGGUGAUUUUCAUGUACUUUUACAUGCCGCACAGACCUGGAACAUCGGAUGUAACACGCUGUUCAGUGUGUCUCGGUGUCCAGUUGAGAUCAAUGUUUUCUAAGUUCAAAUCCAUGAAAUGCUUCACCAGAUACAAGUGACUCUCCUGCUCUGCAACUUUACACAAGGAUCUGUGCAAGAUUUUUUUCGCUGCUGUACAUUAUAUUGCUGUGGAUUGUUUUGACAUCAAGUAAAACAGGGAAGCAGCGUGUGAAAAAUGCGGAAGGGAACGUGGCCAGGGCCCGACUGAAUGCCAGAGGUCGGGAAUUUAGAAAAUGAUUUGGGAAGAUGCGUCUUCAAAAGGCGACUCCAGCACAGUGGUGUGACCUUUUCCGAUCCACAGGAGCGUCUUUGUCCCGACAAAACACUGAAAAUGAAAUCAAAAGCAGUCAGCGACUGUGAAUUGAAAGUCAAGUGCGAGUUUGUAGAGUCGACUUGAAACAGUAUAAUUUCACCAGCGACAUGGUGGUAGUGUGGGACUGAGUGAAUAUUCUCCAGGAGUUUCAUCCUCGAUCGCGGGCUUCCACGCUGGGCAGGGGUCCGAAUAUGUCGGCGUGAUAUUCCCCGGCGGCGGUAUGCCCUUGCUGCGGCAGCUUUAAUUUCACCACUCCGAGCUAUUUUCAAGUUUGCUUUGUGUGCCCCGUCUAUAAUUGUCUCCCCUUGGCUGCGGGAACACUCAAUACCCCGCCGCCCCCUCGCCACCUCCUCCAGCCAAGAGCCACUCUUCUAUCUUGAAGUGAACUUUUUCUGGGGACUUGUCUUCAGCGGCUCGUGGGAAACUUCUCCUCCCAGCCUUCCUGUGUCCCAGUGUGACGGACGCGCUCGGCUCUUUCCAGUCAUCCGUUAUGAAUAGCUGUUUUGGCUGCGGCUUUGGUCCCGGUGACCCCCGCUCGCUCCCAAGCUCGGCCCGCUUUGAUAACACAACCGCACUUCUCUCCAAGUACCUGAGAAAACAUGCUCUUAUCAUAGACUGUCUCACAGAUAAGUGGCCCGAGUCCACUGUGUCUUGUGGCACUAAAACUCUAUGAAGUCAUUGUCGGAUGACAAUAUGCGACAUGUUUGGGUCGAUGGUGUUGUAGCUUCAGCAUGUUUGAAGGGACACGUGUCGCUCUCAAAUGCUAAGGUUGAAGAUUCCUCAGCAAGAAGGGAAACGGCAGAGAAAGGAAGCGCCUCAGGAGGAUGUGAUGGACCUAGAAAGAGCCUCAGCUCCACCUCUCCAGUCGCCAUCUCUGCUCUCCACUUUAGACUGACUUUAUCCAACGCGGCUAGUGAGGGAACCAGUCAACAUUUGGUCACCGAGCCACACUUGGUGGAACAGUGUCACUCCACAGUGACUCAUUCUGACUUGCAACAUCAGCUUGUGAUCCAACUCAUGUCCCUGUUGUUGAAGCUUGUAGUCCAAUGAGCUGUGGCACUUAACGCUGAGGCGAGGAGCCACUUCGAUGUGUGACACAUCGUGUGACUAAAUCCCAGCCCCAUCACCAAAAUACAGUGGUGGCAAAUCAUGGAAGUGAACAUGGUUAUGGUGAGAAUUGAUGGUCAAGUGCUGGUGAGGCUUCUAGAAACAGUGGCCUCUCCACACUGGAGAGAGAUUUGUUUGUCUCUAGCGUUUUUAUUGUCGCCAAUUCUGUAAAAGUCAAAACUUUCUCUGGGUUUUAUUUUGGUUUUAACUGUGCGUUCAAUAUAAUAUAUGGCAAUACAAAGGUAAUGUGGCUGUAACUUCAUAAGUACAGUGGUCCCUCGGCUCUCGACCACAAUCCGUUCCAGACGGCAGUUUGAGAAGCGAAUUGUUCGAACUCUGAAUCGAUUUUUCCCAUUACAAUGAAUGGAAAAAGAACUAAUGCGUUCCAAGCCUUAAAAUAGUCUUUUGUGGGAGUGAAUGUAGAGUGUCUGCUGCAGGUGCGCUGUUCCUCUAUGUGUGUGGCCGCUGCAUGUGGGAGGGGUUGCCGAGUGAGUGACGUCUCUCCAGAAGGGAAGAGGUGCCCGGUGCGUGUCCAGCUCUGAAUGUGCGCUUCUGUGCAGUUUGGCUGUGACAAAGUCAUAAACCAAGUCACACUCUGUCCCAGACUCGCCUCAUCCCUGUCCCAGCUCCAGCCCACAACAGGACAUCAAACCCUGCACCUCCCCUGUGACACUCUACCAGGGUCCAGUGCGGAGACAGGAAAGGUUUUACACCUCAAUAUGAAGAAAAAACAGUCAGUAAAUGUAGCUAACGGGACACGUCUGCAUACAGAGGCUGCGUUAUACACAACAACAAAGCGCGUCGUGGGUCAGCUGGUCGGUCCGCGCGCGUUAUGUUUUUUCUGGCUUUUUUCGGGGGCGUUCCAGUUCUGGAUUUUCGUGGGAAAUCCGAAACAAAAAAAUCUUGAAAUUGUUGUUCGAAUUCUGGGACGUUCGAAAACCGAGGUACCACUGUAUUUAGAUAAACAAAACACAAUCGCCGGGGAGCGAGUCGCUUUGACUUGUGAGUGGCAGCUUGGGUUUUUUCAAGCAAAAAUGUUGUGGUUUGGUUUGGGUGAAAAAAAAAAAAAAGAAAGAAAUGCAGGGAAACAAAGGGGCGGCUUCAGUGGUGAGGAUGGCCGUAUCUGUGGAGGGGUCAGUGUGUGCUGGCCUCCUCUCUGGCGGCUGAGUGGGGGAGGACUGCGCUGAUGUCGCAGUGGACUGCUCUCCGACUCUUAUCAGCGAGGCUGUCCAAUCCCCCGGAGAACAAUAUUGUAAUGGAAAACAUGUCCUAGCUUCAUGGCCAGCCGCUUCUAUUUAGAUCCAGCGUUGGGAAAAUAACCAAGUAAUAAUAGCUCAGGCAUGGAAAGCGGUUGAAAUCCCACUGUAACUUUUAAGACCAAUCACCAGCUCAUAAACACAUGGUUUAAACUGGAGCUGAAGCAUCUGGAGGCUGCUGUUGACUGUGUGUUCCACCUGAAACUGACGUUGCUGCAGGACCUGGUGUGUGUUGAUGUGAAGUUGGCAGACCUGCGGCGGCCAGAGCGCCGUUGUGUUUGUGUUGUGGUUGUGAGCACCCAGCCCACGCCAAGUCGAGGAGGGGCCAGUCACAGCCCCAACUCAACACGCUGUGUUUCUCACACUCGGUGAUGGUGAGGUCACUGCUUUGUCCAGGUGGCGUACCGGAGGACUGGACUUCCCUCCUCUUCUGAGGGAGUGCAACAAGCAUGAGCUGAUGAGGCUUCGUGAAACAGUCAGUAGGUGGCGCUCUCAGUUUCAAAUGAUGUCAAGUUUCAUUGAAAUAGUCCUUAAAAUACUACAAUUGUAGACUGACAUAUGGUGGGCACUGAAAAUGAAGACACUCCAGUCAGGAGAUGUGGUCUCAGGCCAACAGGAGAUGUGGUCUCUGAUGUUUGUGGUGCUGUGGUACUGGGGAGUUUUGUCACGAGUAGGUUGGCGCCUCCUAUAGAUGGAUGUAGAGAGGUGAAAUGUAGACGCCCGAGUCCUGCUGUGUCUGACCUAGAAGGCAGCUUCGCCUGGCUUUGAAAAUGUCCUGGUGGAAACCCUGCAUCACUCAGGACAUGAUGUUGUGAAGUGAACUUGUGAAGUGUGAGUGAGGAUCUGUUGUAAAAAAGAUGAUGCAGCGCCAGGUGUUUUAUUUUUUUGUGGCCGAUCUCAGGUUCCUUGCUGUCCUGGAAAGGACUCCCUCUUGUCUGUAGCGGUUAGAGCCGACCACUGUUUAUCAUGUUUUUAGCCUUUAAGGCAAUGGGGAACCACGACAUACACGUGCUUUGUUUUAUUUAUUUAUUUUUAUCUUCGAUCAGGGUCGCUGACCUUUUAUCUUCUUUUAUCUUUUCCACAACAAAGGAGCGGCUCCAGUCAAUGUAAAGAAACUCAAUAGCCUUUUUCCAUCCGCGUUGGAGGCUCAUGCUUUGGACGUUAUGUCUCAGACAUGGACACUUUUCUUCAUGAAUCCUAGCACAUUUAUGUAUUUUCAAAUAUUUCUAUUUUACUCCUCUGAAUGGUUUUCCAGAGGCGCUGAUAUUUUUAACCAUCCUAUCUUGGCGGGGGGGGAAAAAUCCCAUUAGCUUGUCAUUAUUUCUUCAACUUCCCUUUUUUCUUGUUGUUCUAAACUUUUAGGAGGUGAAGUCACUCACCUCACCGUUGGGCUUCACAGCUUGAAGACAUAGAUCUGCAUCCCUUCCCUGCUGAAGCUCCGCCCAUGUUCCUUUGUGCGCCACUAACAAAGACUUAUUUUUAUCUUGAUAGUGUGUCUCGCGUCGCAGAGGCGGCUGGAGGAAGUGGCCUGAGAGAGACAGGAGGAGAUAACCUUGCUCCUGAUUGUGUAACAUCUCCAGCCGACCACUCACUGGUGCGGUUAAACCCACUGGAUUCAACAUCUAUUUUCUGCUGUGAAUAAUGUGUCGUGCUUCUGUUUUGAAUGAGCAAACCAUUUUGGGUUUGAUGGUGGCAACAUUGUUGAAGCCUGCUGCUUCUCUUUCUUCUGGUGAUGUUUGACACCGUCUGGUAUUUAAUCUUAUCGCUCCCACACAACCACUCUGACUCAGAGUGCUGUUGUCUCUGGCGCUUUAUGAUGUAUUUACUGCUGAAGAAGAUCAAAUGACCUUGUUUGACCUGUGUUUUUGUCAAUGGCGGCUGCAAAUCUGUGGGUUAAGGACACUUUCGCUGGUCAAUAGACUUGGAAGACAGGUACUAUGUGGCUGUUUGGUUGCUGCUCUGAUGUGAACCGAGUGACCACGAGGAUUUCACCUGGUUAUACAUGAAAUAGAAGAGUCAAAUCUAGAUAUUUUACAUGUAUUUCAUAUCUAUUUGAAUCCAAGUUUGCAUGCCGUGGUGGAGUGGAAUGUGACAGAAACCUCAUUUAUUAUUAUUGCUUUUUGGUUCACUGGAAAAGUGGCACCUGUUUGUGCUUUUUAGAAGAGAAGCCUGACUGAAAUGUUGGAUUUCAGCGCAGUUAAAAGCUGUUUUUUUAAUGUAAUUUAAUUCAUUUUCACGAGAACUGACCGGCCUUGUGACCCGAAACCAUUCCAAACAGCGUGACCCCAACUGUGUAAACUUCCUGUCCAGAAAAUACAUGUCCUCACACACCGCAGCAACUGCGCGCAACUUCUUUUCUCAGUGCGUUUCGUUUCACUGUCUGUGUGUGUUUGUUCUGAUGCAAGUUGCUCAAUGGCUGCCCUCCUCUUCUCUCCCAGAGAUCUGAGCCCUUCUGCGAUUUUCUCCUUCCUAGUUCUCCUGGCUCUCACCUCCGAGGUGUGCGUGUCGGAGGAUGUGAGCCCUCAGUUUUCCACUGAGGAAGAAGAGCAGAAGAACCUGGGCGACAUGUCGGCUGUACUCGGGAUGUCCCGGGCGCAUAUCCUGGCAGCUCAGUUUCAGUGCUACCUGAAAAUAAUCCACGAUCCACCGCGGACCGAUGAAGGUCACUUCUGCAACCGUACGUGGGACGGUUGGCUGUGCUGGGGGGACUCUCCUCCAGGGACGGUGUCCCAGAUGUGCCCCGAAUACUUUCUUGACUUCGACCCUGCAGAGAAGGUGACCAAAGUGUGUAACCCGGAUGGUCAGUGGUUCCACCACCCGGAGAGCAACAGAGUCUGGACCAACUACACCCAGUGUCAGGCCUACACCAAGGGCAAACUCAAUUUUGCCAUCAGUUUGUACUACCUGGCCAUGGUGGGCCACGGUCUCUCCAUCAUCUCCCUGAUCAUCUGCCUGGUCAUCUUCUCCUACCUCAAGAGUCUGAGCUGCCAACGCAUUUCCCUCCACAAAAACAUGUUUCUGUCCUUCAUCUUCAACUCUGUGGUCACCAUUGUCUGGCUGUCACUGACGGUGGCCAACAACCAGGCCAUCCACAGCAGCAACCCUGUGGGCUGCAAGGUGCUGGUGAUGCUGAAUCAGUACACGUCCACGUCCAACUACUUCUGGAUGCUGUGCGAGGGCAUCUACCUGCACACGCUCAUCAUCGUGGCUGUGUUCAUGGGCGAGCAGCAGCUCUUCUGGUACUACGUGCUGGGCUGGGGUUUCCCCAUCGUUCCUGCCGCCACGUACGCCGUCGCACGAGGCCUCUUCUAUGACGACAGGUGCUGGAUCAGCACACACACUCAUCUUCUCUACAUCAUUCAUGGACCCAUCCAGGCUGCUCUCCUGGUGAACCUCUUCUUCCUGCUCAACAUCAUCCGGCUGCUGAUCACCAAACUGAAGAAGACGCACAGUGCUGAGUCCACGGCCUACAUGAAGGCGGUGCGGGCCACGCUCAUCCUGAUCCCCCUGCUGGGGGUGCAGUUCAUCCCCUGGAGGCCGGAGGGCCGCAUCAGCCAGGCGGUUUACGACUUCUUCAUGAACAUCUUUUGUCACUUCCAGGGCCUCCUGGUGGCGAUUAUAUUCUGCUUCUGCAAUGCUGAGGCGCAGACGGCUCUGAAGAGGAAGUGGACGCAGUGGCAGUCGGCCUGGGGGAAGACCGGCUGGGGAGGGAUGCCCCUCACCACCAGCCACUGCAACUACCACACCAACUCCAUCACCGAGUCCAGCCGCGCCACCGUCUCACAGCCGGCCGAGCAGAGGCCGGCCGACGACGGACCGGGGGGCGCCAGUGGGUCGUGGGGGAACGGGGAGGUGAGCCAGCUGCCGCCCACUGACUUCUUAUCAGAGGGCGGAUGUUGAUUCACACCGUGUGAAAAGAUAAUGGUGAGUCACAAACGCGUAAAAUACUGAAAACCAAAACAGUUUGCCAUGUAUUUAAAGUCCAUCAUUUCCAUGUGAAAAUAAAGAAAAAGCCGCCAACAUCUUCAGCACACACUUCAAUAUGUUGUAACACAACAUACAGUAUGUCGUUGUUUAAUGAUAUGUACAUAUCGCUGUUGUUUUCUUGAAUCACCACAAUAAUUCAAGCAGGUGUACGUGUUUUUUUGUUGUUGUUUUCGACUGUUAUAUGGCCAAUAAAGGUGAUGGAUGAGCUCAUAAGCUUCAUAACCUUCAGAAAUAUUUUAGCGUGUAGAUGUAGUAUUGUAAACCCAGGAUUAGAAAAUAGCCUGUUGGCUAUUCCAUGCUUUUCUAUGAAUCUGAAUGUAUUUUGUGUAACCUUUUUAUUUAAUAGUUCAUGUCUAGAUACAAGCAACUCAUUCGUCGAGCACUUACUGUUUUGUCCGUCUCUUUAAAUGCAUUUAUAUGUGAAGAAGUGAGCAAACACAUGGCACAUCGUGAUGUUGAACCAUUUUCUGUGCAAGUUAGCUGUCUUUGAUCGCUUUGAGACGUGUAUUCAGUGUGAACAGGAACAUGAAUAAACGAC